AUGGAAAAUUAGUAACCUAGUUCAGAGUAGUAAAAGUAAACAAAUCUACAAAAUAAGCCAGCUGAGAUACAAGUCUAAAAUUAGACAGGCGAGAAUACUAAACCAAAUGAAUAAGAAAUUAUACAACCACCUAAGCUAGAUGAUUAACAAAAGAAGGUUGAUGAGGAAAGUAAAGAUUAGCAAUAAACCAUAAAUGAGCCCAUAAAAGUUAUCCUUUCACUGAUUAUCAACAGGUUAAGAAUCAUGGAAAGAAAUAUUGCUGUUUAUAAUGAUGAUUUAAGGGAAGAACAUAUUCAGAGGGAGAUCAAAUUAGCUAGAAUCAAUCAGGAGAUUAAUCAGCUUUAUGACGAAUAUGCAAUGUUUAUGGUCAAAGAAGAUGAUCUUUAAGAGCUUGAAAAGAGGAUUAAAGUAGAGAUUGACUAUAAUCUAAUAAGGAUAUUAGAGAAUAAACUUAAGAUGGAUAAGGAAGUAUACAUAAUGAGAAAGAAGCUUUACGAGCGUACAGUGAGAAUGCGAGAGUUAUAAGUCAAAGUUUACAAUCUUAAGCAAGAAAAGAAAGAUCACUUACUCUAGUUGAAAGAUUAGGAAAAUAAAAUAGAGGAACGAGAAAAGGAAAUUCGAAGGCUCUAGGAUAUUGUUUAUGAUGUUACCACUCUAAACAUCAAGCCUAAUUUUGCAAUGGGAUCUAAUAAACUGAGUGUUCCAAAAUAUAAGAAUUAUGAUUAAUACAUGAUAAAUCAGCAAAAGGAUCUUCAACAUUAGAAGUAUUACCUUGACAACUAGACAUUGAAAUUCGGGCGUAAAUAGGGAGAAGUUCUUAAAGAUGGGAUUUGGUAGACUUAAUUGAUGGGAGGUAGUAAAAGCAAUAAAAAUCUAUUGUAAAACACUGGUCAAUAAGUUUUGGGUGCAAGCGGUGGAAGAGGAUUUCUUUAAGGAAUGAGUCUCUCAGACCUAUUGCCAGACUCUUGGAUAAACAAUAAAUAUCUUAGCACUGUAGAAAAACCAAGACUUGAAGACACUGUUAAUGACAGAGAGUCGUAUGGAGAAGGAGGAAGCUCUUAUAAAUCCAACUCUUAUAAAAGCAAAGAUCUCUCGCCGAGAUCAUCUGAUAUUGUUAGGAAUAAUCAAGUCAACAGAAAUUACUAUUGA